CCUUUUUUGUGUGUGUUGUUGCUUCUGUGUGUAUCAACCCGCAACCAUUUUUUUUUAAAAAAAAUAAAUCUUGUGAGGAGCGAUUGAAGGAGGGGGGUGGAAGCUCAUGCAAGCCGCUCUCCCCUCCCGCUCACGUCGCCUUGCUGCGAGGCGCUGGAGGGUGCGUGCGGGUGUGUGUCACUUUAAGAGUGUGUACGAGCCAAGCCUCGGAGGGUGAGGAGGCGGCGGCGGCGAAGGUAGCAACGGCGGCGGCAACGGAGAGACUGGAAGGAUGGCGGACACAGACCUAUUUAUGGAAUGUGAGGAGGAGGAGUUGGAACCGUGGCAGAAAAUCAGCGACGUGAUCGAGGACUCUGUGGUCGAGGAUUAUAAUUCUGUUGACAAAACCGCAACAGUUUCGGUGAGCGUGCAGCCAGUUGCCACCCCAAUGCCGAUCGUCGCCCAUGCCUCCAUUGGCGGCAACCUCACAACGCCCACAUCUGUCAGCAGCAGUGGGCCACCCAACAGCGACAGCGCAAAGAAGACCCUGGUUACACUCUUUGCAAACAACAGUGCUGGUGCUCCUCUCGUUCAGCAAGGUGGGCAGCCUUUGAUCCUCACUCAGAACCCAGCCUCCGGUCUCAGCACAGUGGUGACCCAGCCAGUCCUCCGCCCCGUACAGGUCAUGCAGAACGCUAACCACGUGACCAAUUCCCCAGUGACCAGCCAGCCCAUCUUCAUCACAACCCAGGGUUUUCCCGUACGGAACGUCCGGCCUGUGCAAAAUGCAAUGAAUCAGGUUGGGAUUGUCUUGAACGUACAGCAAGGCCAGACAGUGCGGCCCAUUACCCUUGUCCCAGCCCCAGGUACCCAGUUCGUGAAGCCCGCCGUUGGCGUCCCUCAGGUUUUCUCUCAAAUGGCCCAGGUGAGACCUGGUCCAACCAUGCCGGUCCGACCGUCCUCCAACACUUUCACGACGGUCAUUCCGGCCACCCUUACCAUCCGGAGCACGGUACCGCAGUCCCAGGCCCAACCGCAAAGUAAGUCCUCUCCCAGCACCUCCACCACUCCUACUUCAGCGCAGCCAACCGCACUGGGACAGUUAACUGUACAACAGCCAGGGCAGUCCACUCAAGCUACUAACCCCAAAUUAGUGAGCAUUGCAAGCUUUGUGACAGUGAAAAGGCCUGGGGUGACGGGGGAGAACAGCAACGAGGUGGCGAAGUUGGUGAACACCUUGAAUACAGUUCCUUCGCUUGGCCAGAGCUCAGGCCCCAUUGUGGUCUCCAACAACAGCCCGGCCCACGGCUCUCAGAGAGCAGGCAUCUCAGAGUCCUCGUCGCAGAAAGUCAGUUCCUCGCCCAUCCCUGCCUUCGACUUGCAAGACAGCGGGCGGAAAGUCUGUCCCCGGUGCAAUGCCCAGUUUAGAGUCAUUGAAGCUUUAAGAGGCCAUAUGUGCUACUGCUGCCCUGAAAUGGUGGAGUUCCUGAAGAAAGGGAAGCCCCUGGAGUCUGAACCAAAUAUCCAAGCCCCCAAGCCCCCUUCCCCAGAGAAGACGGCUGCCGUUUCUUCGCCCCCCUCCUCUACCCCCAUCCCCGCCCUGUCGCCCCCGGCCAAAAUCUCUGAUCACAGCGAGGUCGCUGGCGAUGGGGCGCAGAGCAAACUGAUCAUGCUGGUGGACGACUUCUACUACGGCAGGGACGGCGGCAAAGCGAACCAGCUGCUGAACUUCCCCAAGGUGCCAACGUCCUUCCGCUGCUCACACUGCACCAAGCGGCUCAAGAACAACAUACGGUUUAUGAACCACAUGAAGCACCACGUCGAACUGGAUCAGCAGAACGGGGAGGUGGACGUCCACACCAUCUGCCAGCACUGCUACCGGCAGUUCCCCACUCCCUUCCAGCUGCAGUGCCACUUGGAGAACGUACACAGCCCCUACGAAUCGACCACGAAAUGCAAGAUUUGUGAAUGGGCUUUUGAGAGCGAGCCCAUGUUCCUGCAGCAUAUGAAGGAUACUCACAAGCCAGGAGAGAUGCCCUACGUCUGCCAGGUCUGCCAGUACCGCUCGUCGCUCUACUCCGAGGUGGACAGCCAUUUCCGAAUGGUCCACGAGGACACGCGACACCUCCUCUGCCCUUACUGCCUCAAGGUCUUCAAGAACGGCAACGCCUUCCAGCUGCACUUCAUGAAACACCAGGUAAAUCACGCUCAGAAGAAGAGCGUCUACAACUGCAACAAGUGUCGGCUGCAGUUCCUCUUUGCCAAGGACAAGAUUGAGCACAAGCUGCAGCACCACAAAACCUUCCGCAAGCCCAAGCAACUGGAAGGACUGAAGCCGGGCACCAAGGUCACCAUCAGGGCAUCUAGAGGGCAGCCGCGGACGGUGCCCCUGUCUGCAAAUGACAUGCCCCCAGGCCUCCUCCAGGACGCCACCUUGCUGUCAGCCUCGUCGGACCCCCAGCCUAACUUCCUGUGCCCACCUUACCAGAGGAACGUCCAGAAGAAAGCCGUCAGGAAAAUGAGUGUCCUCGGCAGGCAGACGUGUCUGGAGUGUAGCUUUGAAAUCCCGGAUUUCCCAAACCACUUCCCCACCUACGUCCACUGCUCGCUGUGCCGUUACAGCACCUGCUGCUCACGCGCCUACGCCAACCACAUGAUUAACAACCAUGUUCCUCGCAAGAGUCCAAAGUACUUGGCUUUGUUCAAAAACUACACUGCGUGCGGGGUGCGGCUGGCCUGCUCUGCUUGUCUUUUUGCAACGUCGGAAGGCGAUGCGAUGGCCAAGCAUCUUGUCUUCAACCCGUCGCAUGAAUUCAGCAACGUCCUUCUCCGAGGUUCUGCCUGGAGUUCCCAUUCAAGGCCUGCUCAGCCCUUCGACAGAGGUGUGAAGAGUCCAGGCUCCACCUACCCCUCGAGCAAAGCUGCUACUGUGAACACGGCCUCUCCUCUGCCCGAGGACGAUAAGGACAAGGAGGUGCCCGAGGCUAGCAAGAGACCUGCCGCUGCCGCCCAGGAGGGAGAAGAGUGCUUAAACGUGGAAGAGCAAGAAGAGGAGCCGCCGGCAAAGGAAGUGCCCCAGCCAGUGAGCAAAAAGGAGCAGCUCUCUGUGAAGAAGCUCCGGGUGGUCCUUUUUGCUUUAUGCUGCAACACCGAGCAGGCGGCAGAGCACUUCAAGAACCCCCCGAGGCGGAUCCGGCGCUGGCUGCGUAGGUUCCAGGCUUUCCAGGAGGAGAACGUGGCCUCUCUGUCCGAGGGCAAGUACCUGAGCUUUGAGGCCGAGGAGAAGCUGGCGGAAUGGGUUCUCACCCAGCGGGAGCAGCAGUUGCCGGUCAACGAGGAGACCCUUUUCCAGAAGGCCACGAAGAUUGGGCGUUCCCUGGAAGGGGGCUUCAAGAUCUCCUACGAGUGGGCAGUGCGCUUCAUGCUCCGGCACAACUUGAGCACACAUAACCGCCGAGCGGUGGCCCACCCCCUCCCCAAAGACGUCGAGGAAAAUGCCAGCUGCUUCAUCGAGUUUGUGCAGCGGCAGAUCCACACCCAAGACCUCCCCCUCUCCAUGAUUGCAGCCAUUGAUGAGAUCUCUCUCUUCCUGGACAUGGAGGUGCUGUGCAGCGACGACCGGAAAGAGAACGCCUUGCAGACGGUCGGGACGGGCGAGCCCUGGUGUGACGUCGUCCUCGCCAUCUUGGCCGAUGGGAGCGUCCUGCCCACCCUCGUCUUCUACCGGGGCCGUGUGGAGCAGGCCGCCAACGUGCCGGAGACGAUUGUCCUCGAGGUGAAGGAGAGUGGCUACAGCGACGACGAGAUCAUGGAAGCCUGGUCUUCCAAGGUAUGGCAUAAACACAUAGAUAGCCAAAACAGCAAAGGCAUGCUGGUCCUGGAUUGCCACCGGACGCACCUCUCGGAAGAAGUCCUUUCCGUGCUGAGCUCCUCCAAUACGCUGCCGGCUGUGGUCCCUGCUGGCUGCAGCUCCAAAAUCCAGCCAUUGGACGUUUGCAUCAAAAGGACUGUGAAAAAUUUCUUGCACAAAAAGUGGAAAGAACAGGCCAAGGAGAUGGCCGACUCCACGUGCGACUCGGACAUCCUUCUCCAGCUGGUCUUGUGCUGGCUGGCUGAGGCCCUCGAGGUCAUCAGUGACUGCCCCGAACUGGUCCAGCAGUCUUUCCUGGUGGCCAGCGUACUGCCGGGCCCUGACGGCACGGCCAACAUGCCCACCCGCAAUGCUGACAUGCAGGAAGAGCUCAUCUCUUCACUGGAGGAGCAGCUGAAGCUCAACAACGAGCCACAAGAGGAAGAGGCUGACCUGCAAGACAGAGCGCCGGCUGAUGAAUCGGCCAACCCCGAGAUCCUCCACCAGCUUUUUGAAGGGGAGAGCGAGACGGAAUCGUUCUAUGGCUUUGAGGAUGCCGAUUUGGAUCUUAUGGAAGUCUGAGCGCCCGCCCGCCUGACCCAGAGAAGAGUUCUUUUUCUCUUUUUUAAAUCAAUGUUGGAUGAGACCAUUUUCACUUCCCUGUGGAUUUGUGGGUAUAGGAGAUUAGUAGGUGAACAUGCAGACUGAUAGCCAUUUUUGCUGUUCAUUUCUAAAAAAAUUGUGCUUAAUUUGUUUUUGUUUUUCUUAAAUCACUGUGUUGGUAUUUUCUGAAGAUAUAUUGUGGGUGAUUUUUUUUUUCAUUUUCUUUACCUCACUGUAUUAUAGUUUCUGGGUUGUUUUUGUUUUAUACUGUGCAAAAAGGUUUUUAAUUAAUCUACAUCAUCAAUGUGACCUUUUUUGAAAACCAAGGAAAACCAGUAUGUAGCUAAUGAAUGAAUAUCUACAUCCUUUUUUUAAAAAAAACACAAAAUUGUUGUAACACAGAGGCCCCCUCCUUCCCCCCCCCCCUUUUAACACUUGGAUCCAGAAAUGAAGAUUUCUGGGAUAACAUUUUUUUUUUAUAAAAAGGUAUGAACGAUUACUUUAACACAUGGAACAUUCUAUAAUGGCUCUUUGAAAUUUGAGAUUUCCUUAUUGAAAAGAAAAGAGAACAGCAAUUAAAUGCAGAGAUUGUCGUUUCGGGGUAGGAGGGAGUGGAUCCCACCAGUUGGUCACCAGCAAAUGGAUCUUUAUAGAAGUGGAAGUACUGUACUUUGGGUUGACAGACAAUCCGCUUGUCGAAAGUUACCUAGACUUCCCGACAGACGUAACCGUUCUGCUUUUUAAACGUUGGUCAAAUCAUCAGACCCGCAGCUCCUUUGAACUGCAAACAAGCUUAGACUGUGGAAGAUCCCAAGCCUUUGACGGCACCCUUUCUGGGCGGGGUGGUGGUGAUUGCAAGCUAAUUCUCUACUGGACCAUUGUCUUAAUCUUUUAAAAACUAUCCAUCGCUACUGAAGUCUGCUUUUUCCGAUGGCGCCAAGACACUACGUUCCCCAAAUAUAGCGCUCCGAUCGAACCCAGCUGUGACAUGCACAAAAAGACAGAGAGAGAGGGAAGUUUCCUGUUUUUAUUUUUCACUGCCAGCAUAAAAAUAGAGAGACACAGAGAGAAGAAAAACGAGAUGUUUUUUUCUACUGUUUGCAUGUUUGAGAGUUUUUAAAAAUUGUAACGUAUUAUGGUCUGAACAAUGAAAAGCAUUUUGACAUAGCAAAACAGUGGGAACCUCACCCCCCCUUCUGUUGCUUUCCGUUGAGGUUUUAAGAAUCUCCUCUCUUACUGAAGCCUUCCCUCCCCGAAAGGCCCCCACCCCAGUGACUCAAGGGAAGCAGGAAAUCGGGUGGGCUGACCUGUAAAUGGUUAAUCUUUAAAAUGUACAUAUGUGGAACAUUUAAUAAAGCCAGGGAAAUGGAUUUAUAAAA